GAACAAUGCUCUCAAAAAUCCGAUGUCGUCUUCGUUUUGGACUCGUCAGGCAGUAUCAGCCGAAGAAACUUCAAACGAGAAUUGCAAUUUGUUAAACAAGUGGCGUCCACUUUCAAGAUGGGCCCUAAACAAUCGCAGAUCGCAGUGAUCUCAUACAGCAACGAAGCACGCGUUGACAUCCCUUUUGGCAGCUAUUCGAACGUCAAUGAUUUUAACGCAGCGCUGAAUCGCGUGAAACAUCAGCGCCAAUAUACGCGCAUCGACAAAGCACUCGAUGUAGCGAAUACAAGAGUGUUUACCCGCGCUGGGGGUGCAAGAACCGGCGUUGCCAAGGUGAUGGUUGUAUUGACAGACGGGAAGCAAACCGUGACGUCGGAUUCCAAAACGCUAGACGAUGCGGUACGUCCGUUGCAAGAAAAGAACGUUACUGUAUUCGCUGUUGGUGUUGGAAAGGCUGUUGAUAUCCAGGAGCUACUACUGUUGGUAGGAGAUAAUGAAGAUAACGUAUUCUUAGCGGAAGAUUUCAGUCAAUUGGCCAGGGACAGUCUUCGAUUGGCAGCCCAGACCUGCCAGAGAAUCAACCUGCCUGUAGGUAAGAGAAAAGCGGUGUGAUCAACCUUUUGUGGGUAAAAAGCAAGAAAUGAAAUGCGAAAUUCGAACGUCGAGCGAAGAAAAUUCGGAAUGCUUAUCUUCGGAAACAAAAGACCCUACAUUGAACACUCAAGCGGACUCCAUCCGGGCGAAACGUUUUAUUCAAUUGUUAGUUUGCUCCAUUAAGCCUCAAUUUAACUUUACAUAUUCCUGACAGUUUCUUUUCCUGUAUAUAUAUAUCACCAAUUCAUACAUUGAGUCAUCGAAAAGUCGUUUUACUUUUUAUCGUUGAUUUUUCUUUUUAAAAUGUAUGUCGAAAUCGAUCGCUAUCAAAAAAUAAGAAGGAAUAUACUUAUUGGCAAUGUGUGAAAAGUCGACAGGCCCAAAACUAACAUCGCUCCUGUAGGGUCGAAAUGGUGAAGCGAACAGCUCUAGGCAAGCCUAGAACAGAUGAUUGCCAGGGUUCCUGUGAUUGCUUAAGAUCUGCAUUUCACCAUGAAUACUCAACAUGAUAUUACCAAGUGGUGAGCAAAACUCCUUGUAAACGUUCACAUUAUGUUAUCCUCAAUAAGCUCCACGCUGACUUCACCCAAACUUAAAGGGAACCUCCACUCUUACUACAGAAUAAGUUUAAAUGGAAUAAAAUUAUGUUGAUAAACAAAUUUGUUCGAAAUUUGUCUUAAAAAAAGUGUUUAUAUCAGGAAAAGUGAAUUUUAAAAACGCUUAUUUUCACUUUCAAAUUUCGCGGGCGCCGCCAUCUUGAAUAAUUGUGACGUGUUACGGUUGCUUUAUUGUUCUGACACAAAGAGCUUUUGUUUGAUAACAAUAGGGCAACCAUUACACGUCACAAUUAUUCAAGAUGGCGACGCCCGCAAAAUUUGAAAACAAAAAUAGGCGAAUCUAAAAGUUAUUUCUUUCGGAUACAAACGCUUUCUUUAAAAAUAUUUUAGAUUGGCUUGACUGUAACAGUUAUUUCCUGUGAUUUAAAGUUAUCUUUUUGUUGAAGUGGAGGUUCCCUUUAAAUUUUAUGCUAAAAUUCUCGAGACAUCUGGGUAAAAUUCUACCGGAAAAAAAUUGAGAUUCAUACUUAUAACUAAAAUAUUAUGCAUCGUUUAUUUACCCAAACAAAACAUUUCAUUUAGUGCAUGGCAACUGGUCUGAGUGGACAAAGUGGGGUGCCUGUUCUCAGUCCUGUGGCAGUGGCGUCCAAGGUCGUCAGAGAUCUUGCACAAAUCCACGGCCUCAUAAUGGCGGACGGAGUUGUAUUGGUCAGACAUCUGAGAUUAAGAGAUGUAGCUUGACAGGCUGUCCAGGUAAAUAUUUUGGGACAUUGAAAUGGCCUUUUUCAAUGAAUAGUUUCAGAAGGUUUGGAAAGAUAUUUGUCAUUUGAUCUUUUUUAUUGUUUAUAAUGUCAGUUAACGGCUCGUGGAGUGAGUGGGAUGAUUGGGGUUCUUGUAGUGUAACGUGUGGUGGCGGAAAUCGUACACGAUUGAGAACCUGUACCAAUCCCCCACCGGCCAACGGUGGAUUGCACUGCAAAGGGCCAAGCGAGGAGACUGGGAACUGCAAUGCCAAUCCAUGUCCAGGUAAAAUGGUCUUUCUCCUUUCAAUCUGUAGCUGGUGACUUCUGGAAAGUUCUUCUCCACCAUUUGAAAUGUGCUAAUCCUAGCCAAGAACAACAGGGUGGGUUAUAUCCAGUUUCCUAACAGGUCGAGAAAGCUUUUUCCUAGAUAAAUCUCUGUACAUUAGAUAACGUGGUUGGUUUCCCUAACCCUUAACCGCUGAAGAGCGAUUUAUUGGAGGACAGGGCGAUAGAACAUUUCAGCAACCCCCCCUCCCUUAGUUGUAAUAAUACAAUAACUAUACAGUCUAACUUUGGAUUCCUGAAGGUUGUCCAGCAAGCGUCUUCUAUUAUCUCAUCCCUUUCCUAAUGCUAAGAGGCAUCAUAAAAAAAAUCAUUCUUGAAACAUUUUGCUCCCUUUUUCUCAGUGGACGGUAGCUGGAGUGAAUGGAGAUCCUGGAGUGUGUGCACGAGAUCGUGUGGUGAAGGAACACAAACGAGGUCUCGGACAUGCUCCAAUCCCCGGCCAGCUCACGGUGGGCGGAGAUGUCUUGGAUCACCUGCAGAAAAGCGCUCUUGUAAUACUAAUGGAUGUCCAGGUAAG